GAUGGGCGAUACGAAGCUUAUUGGUCUUGCGGACGAUGCAUAGGAGCCCCCCUAUCCGCCGGGAAUUAUUGCGGCUCUCCGGCCUCCGCCCGCCACCGCGAGCAGCUCCCGCCGGAGAAUGAGAUGGUGGCGUUGACUCGCGGCGCCGAGAAGAGGAGAAUGGAGGCCGCCCAGGGGCAGCACCCGGAGGCGAUCGCAGGCUCUCCAGCCUCCACCAGCUGAGCCCGCGGCCACCGCCUGCAAAUGGCGACGGAGCCGCCCCAUCCCAAAUCUACAGGCAAGCCGCAAGGGCAGCCGCCGCCGCCGCUCGGCGCCGGCGAGGAAGGAGGCGGCGGAUGCUUCUGCGGCGGCGAUCGCAUCAGCGGCCUCCCGGACGCCAUUCUCGGCGAGAUCAUCUCCCUGCUCCCCAUCAAGGACGCCGCCCGCACGCAGGCGCUCGCCUCCCGGUGGCGCCACCUGUGGCGCUCCUCCCCUCUCAGCCUCGACGGCGGCGACCUCCCAGCCGAGGGCGAGGUCUCCCGCGCCGGCCUCGUCUCGCGGGUCCUCGCCGCCCACCCGGGCCCCGCCCGCCGCUUCUCCGUCUCCGCGCUCCAGCUCCUGCUCUGCCCCUCGGCGGUCGGCUCCUGGAUCCGCUCCCCUGCGCUCGACGGCCUCCGGGAGCUCGAGUUCCAAAUCGGCGAGUUGAUAAAUCUGCAGUCUCCCUUGCCGUGGCUGCCGGACUCCGCCUUGUUCCGUUUCUCGGCCACCCUCCGCCUGGCCACCAUCAGCAGAUGCCGCAUCUCGGAAGGCGCUGUCGGAGCGCUUCGCUUCCCCCAGCUCAGGGAGCUUGCGCUUGAGAGCGUCCGCAUCUCGGAGGAAUCACUGCAGAGCAUGAUUGCUGGAUCUCCUGUCCUGGAGUGCUUGCUGCUUAGCCGCAGCGUUGGCUUCAGUCGUGUCCGGAUCAACUCCCGGAGCCUUGUGAGCAUCGGUGUGCGAGAUUUCUCAGGGGAACUCAUCAUCGGGAACGCCCCUUCGCUUGAACGGCUGCUGCAACUCGAACUAUUUCGGGACCUUCGUGUGUCAAUAGUUUCAGCACCAAAGCUGGAAACGUUGGGCUGGAUUUCUGACCGUGAUCACUACUUCAAGCUGGCAUUUGGCACUGCAGCAGUUCAGGACUUGCGUUCUGUUAGCGCUACAGCAGUGGUGCGUAGUAUCAAGAUUCUAGCUGUUGAUAUUCUUACACUUAGCCUGGAUAUGGUUCUUGAUUUAGUGAGAUGCUUUCCAUGCUUGGAGAAGCUGUACAUCGAGUUUUUUCUGUCGGUGGACAGAAAUUCAUGGUGUCGUAAACAACAUGAUGUUAUUAGAUGCCUUGAUAUCCGUCUGAAGACUGUAGUGUUGAAGAAUUAUUGUGGCACAAUGUCUCAUGUUAACUUUGCGUCAUUCUUUGUAUUGAACGCAAAAAUGCUGGAGUCAAUGACAUUUGAGGGUGGAGCCUGCCAUAAUCAAAGGUUUAUUGCAGAGCAGCAUAGUUUACUUGAGCUCGAGAAAAGGGUUUCGAGAAGCGCACAGUUUUAUUUCACAGUUUGUAGAUCUCAGGACAAAAAUCUUACACAUGUCAAACAUGUCCAUGAUUUGUCAAUAACUGAUCCUUUUGAAUAUAGAUGUUGAAACUGGGUUGGUUUGUGUAGUUCAGUAGUUAUUCUUGCCUAGCUCAUUUCCACAUCUGUGUUUUGUUCAUAUUGAUCGGUUCUCUUGUGUGUAGUGUUUUGUAAUUUGUACAAUUCUGCAACCUUCUGAUAUUAGCCGGCCCAUCAAUUGCAUUGAUGAAGGAGGGCUAAUCAACAAUAGCAGUCACAGCUUUGGAAGGUAGCAUCAUGAUGUGCUCAGUUUUUCUUGAGAACAAUAAUUAGAUGUUUUGAUAAUUGAUACAUCACACUUCUACAUGGUUUGACUAUACCUUACCUACUGUAUAAAAAUUUCAGUAGAGCUAUUGUAAGUCCUUACGAUUUUCCAAUAAUAUUGUUGCUAUUCAUGGUUAGGAUGGAGUAGCAACUUGAAGUUCUUUAUGCCAUGCCUAUGCUGAUAUUUUGUUUAAUGAUGUGGAACUUUAUGAUUUUUACCAUUAUAUGUGGCAUCUUAAAGAAUUAGAUUCAGAAGAUAUCAAUAUUUUAAAACUUUAAUGUAAGCAACCUCACUAGCUUCUUCAGUUUUCAAUUUUUCAUUCAGCAAGACCUCUGGCUUUUUAACUGAUUUACCCUGAAAAUGUUCAAGUAAGUCAUGUCAUAUCUCUUUCUGUUUACAAAUUUAUUAUUUAUGUGAUGUAUGUUUGUUGGUACAUAUAUAUUUUUCUCAUAUUGCCUUUUUGUGUACAUUUUACCCUUAGUUAUAAAAAAUGGAAAAGCGUGCCUAGUUAGAUUCCUGAACUUGAUCCAUUGUGAGUUAGCGAUUAUUCUUCUCGUCAAUGUCUUAGGUCCCACCAGUUAAUUGAACUAACUGGCACAUGACAAAUCUGGUGCACCUGAUGAAAAUGAGAUACCUUGUCAGACAUCUUGUUAACUUUCGUAUAGUCAUGUUACAAAUAAUGCUUGAUUUGAUCAAGCUUUCUAGCAAGUAUUGUUCUGUCCCGCUACAGUCAUAUUAUGUCCAUAAAAUGCCUGCCAUUGGUAAUAUGGUUCAUUUUGACCAGUUGUAUUCACCAUUUUGGAUCCUUAGAAGUAGUAUGUACAUUUGUGAUUCUUUGCUGUUCUAUACAUGAUUCUUAUGUUUAGGACUCUUCCCAAUUGUAGAUACAGAACUUCAGUCCUGUUCAUAUAGAGAUGUGGACCAGGUGAUUGACCAUAUGAUUUCGGUAAUGAAAAAUACAGGUCCAUUUCUGUAGCUACACUGGCAGUUCCUUUUUCUUCUGUGGUUAGUUUAUUGCAUAAUCUUAGAAGGAUGCGGGCGAGAUUUGUAAAUUUGUGAACACAUACCCCUUUUUGUGUUUAUUUUAGUCGAAUGAUGACCUUUUCGGCUCUGGCAAAACAUAAAUACGCGUAUAGGAUAACAACAUGGAACUUUUAAUGCAGUGUAGACCAUGUUCUCUAAGUUUACUGUCAAGAUCUGAAAACAAAGUUCAUUAUUUUCUGAAAACAAAGUUCAUUAUGUUUUGUGCUAUUGAAGCUUCAGUUGCAGGUAAUGAGUAAUGAUAACUGAAACCCAAAAUAAUAACUUCAUAGAUUCCCAGAUAACUGGGCGUACCCAGUGCCGUAGGCUUCCCGCACUGUGCGGGGUCUGGAGAAAGAUUCCCAGAUAACUGUGGUCUCAAUUUCUUUUUCACUUCUGCAUAUCUAUGAAGCUAUUGUUUCCGGGUUUCAGUUAUCAUUACUUAUUACUCUUUGGAUAAUUUAUCCUAUAAAUUACAUGCUCUUUUUUGUUAGAGGAUGCAUACUGACAUUAGUUUUUUAUUUUAUUUUUGAAUGAGACCUCCGGGUUUCAGUAUCUUUACUCAUUACUCUUAGGAUAAUUUAUCCUGUAAAUUACAUGCUCUUUUUUGUUAGAGGAUGCAUCCUGACAUUAGUUUUUUAUUUUUAUUUUUGAAUCAGACCAACUUGAAGUAUUAGUGCAGAACUGCUGAUCCCUGGUAUUGAGUUGCAUGCACCGACCAGUUCAAUCCAAAAGCUUAAGCUGAUGGGGAGAGGUGGGCAAUUCACUCAUAUUCCAACACUCCCCCUCACGUGGAGGCUCCCUCAGGCCUCAAGUGUGGAAUAGGAGUGAGCAGCAAUUAUUUUAUUUAAUUGCGCUAACCAGGAUUCGAAGUCAAGACCUCUGGCUUUGAUACCAUAUUGAGUUGCAUGCACUGACCAGUUUAAUCCAAAAGCUUAAGCUGAUGGGGAGAGGUGGGCAAUUCACUCAUAUUCCAACACCUGGUUUACCAUUUUGAACAUAAUUCAGAUUAAAAGAGCACUGGAGGAUUGUUAGGUAAACUCUGAUAUAUUGUGUGCUAUAAUUUGUUAACUGAAAUCAGAGUAGGCAGCUCUAGAUGCGCAGUGUGCAGUUUGAGGGUGUUUGUUGGUUAGAUUAUUUCUAUUUAUCAAAUACAAUGCAUACAGAUGAUUUUUGGUCGCUGAUUAUUGAUCCCUCGGCAGACAGGUGCUGAGACUGUAUUUGAUACGCAAUAGGAGUUACUGCCUCUGUCCCAUGAAGGGCGCAAUGCUAAAUUAUUCCAGAUAGAUUAGUGUUAUUGGCAAAUGACCAUAGUACCAAGUAAUUGUCUUAAUUUCAUUGAUUUAGACAUAGAAGGUGUUCAAUUUUCACAGAGUUAGUUAAAUUAAUUCCUAAAGUAUAUAUUUGAAAAGAAAAAGGCAGGUAGUUAUUGCUAGGAUUGCACUUUUUGUAGUUUUUUUUUAAUCUUAGAAUUGCACUCUUCGUGGACGCAAGGAGUACUAUUUUUGACUAUUUUGUUGCAUGGGCCUCUUUCAUAUGAGUACUAUUUUUGACUAUUUUGUUGCAUGGGCCUUUCAUAUUAGACUUCUGGGUCUCUCUUUUCAAUGUUGGAUGUUUCCAUUUCCUACUCUCUCUUUUUUUUUCUGUUUUUCAGGAAUGCUUGUGCAACUGUUAGUUUUGUUUCAUGGACUUAUCCACAACUGUUAGUUUCGUUGCAAAUGCAAUUUGGUUUCAGCAAGGCUUAUGAUUGGACCUGCAACUGCUAGGGGUUAGGGUACCGAUGCAGCGGUUAUUGGUAAAGAAACCAACAUAUGAAAGCUAGGGCAAUUGCGCUCAAGUUUGGAUGCUACUUAUUUGUUGGAUUAUCCCUAGCUACCCUACAGGAAAAGCCUAAUUUAUCUUCAGUGAAGUUUGCUGGUAUAUUUGUUGCUGCAGCACUAAAGCUGUAAUAGUUAUCUGGUUUCCAAUACUGGCUUCACCUUGAAAUUGCAGAUCCUCAGGUAUUUAUAUGUUUUACCUUUCACCUUGUGAGCCUUUGCCAUCAUUUUCUUGCUUCUGCUCUGAUUCUUCGGACUAUCCUUUUGACUCUGCUGGUAGAGGUAUCUGCCCUUGCUGUGGCGAUGGUGAUCAUGGUGGAGUCAGCAUGUGGCUUCUAGGCUUUCGAAUGUGCCUGAAGGCCUAUUAGGUUUCUUUUUGUACAGUGCUAAGGAUUGUUGGUUAUCUCACUCAUUAUGUGCUUCAUCCAACAAGCUCCCCUGUAAAUCUCAUUAGCGUUGUCGGCAUUUAUUUUUUAAUGUACCAAAUACAUACAAAAUUGGUGUUUAUAAUAUCAAAAUUCUAGGGUGGAGGCUGAUAGUGGGAUUAUAAAAAACUGGUGUUGGAUUCUAUAAUCACAUAAUAGUCUGUGCUGUCUGAACCUCAUACAAAAUUUUAAGCUGGUUUCUAUAAAUUGUAGGAGAUCCAAAUGGGGCCUUAAUAACCAAGACAUCUAGAAACAAUCAUGGGUCAUCCCUACUACAAGCUGAGUACAAAAGCAAUAAUUCUUAGGCAACGGUAUGAAGUUAUUUCUAGUUUUCUAUUUCCAUUUUAAGAUGAGGAUUCCAUUGAACUUUCCACAAUAAUACGGAAAUUUUGAGAUGUUAAAUGUAUCGAGGCAAAAUUAUUUAAAUUUUUAUUUUUAGAAAUUCUUCUAUAUUAAUUGAAGUAUUAUUUUCUUUUAAAUAAUGAAUUAUAUAGUUAUUACAGAUAACAGGCAAGUAACAAAAAGACCCCCAUGUUCCUCAUUUAUUCAUAAGUUUGAUUGGGUCCACCCACAACAACAGUGUAGCCGAACUUUGGAGCAAUAUGCAUGGCUUGUGGGCUCAAUGUUGUGUAACCUCCUGGUUACAAAACCAUGCUUCGUUUGGCAUUUUGUCCCACAAAUCUCAUAAAACCCAGCAUGUCUACGGUCCGUGAUGGUCUAACCAGAGACCACACCUGUUGUCUUGCACACCUCAUUGUGGAAACGAGCACGUCUCGGGUUCGCGGCGGGCUGAUAUAGACUAACGGCAUCCUUUCCCCAGUCCAGCAAUAGCAGACCUCCUAAAUUGUCCCCACUCUAGUUAGUCUAACCCUUCUUAAAACACCUACAGCUGUAGUGACGUUUCCCUAACAUUUUAAUUGCAGUUCCUGCGCCUACUUCCUCAAUACAUACUUUAAUUGCAGCAACACGUCGCAUCCGCUACCAGCAUUUCUUGACAAUUGUAGACUGUAUGUUAACAGCUAUUUAGUAGAUACCAUGUAAUUAAUGAAAUACAUUCUCACAUGUGUUUUUCUGAACAAAAAAUACGCUAAUAAUUUUGAUUCGCAACCAGUGCUGGUUAGCUGGCAAUGCAUGAGGAUGUGCAUGCCAGAAAGACGUUGACUCUGAGGAUAGCAUAGCUAUAGUGAGAUCAGCAUAGCUAUAGUGAAACCACCAAAUUUUCAGCCUUCUUAUGUGCAGGCGUUUCUCUCAGAAAUGGGGAAGGAAGAGCAACCGACCGCAGGCCAGACCGCCAGACCAACCAGGUUUUCAACAGCACCCUACACUCGGUUCGUGAUCAGGUGCUACGUGCUUCGUGGUUAAUGUGAGACCAUGGUUCGUGAAGAAUAGGAAGUUUAAAAGAAGAAAUGGUGGUACAGAACAUGGCAAAUGCCGAAGAAAUAUUGAAAAACAGAAAUAUGCCAUUGAUAUGAAGACUACCACAGAACAGCAUACGAGAAAGGAUGACAAACCAAGGCUCCAACACACUUGCACAGGGAAAAAAAAGAAAACACACAUGCUCUUAUUUGGCACAUCAGAAACAACAGGUUCCCAUGGCUGCUAUUGUUUCUUCACUUCUCAUAGGAACUGGGUCUCAGUCGCAUCAUCCAUCACAGCACCGCAGAUAGGGCAAGCCAUGACAUGGACUGCACAUGGCUUGCAGGUGCAGAGGUGCUUGCACAGCAGUAACAUCAUACAAGCACCACUAGAGUUGCAAACCAUACAAGUACGAUCAGUCCUGGUUGUCUCUGCUCGCUACACUUGAUGCUUCAUCUCCAGGGCCUGAAACAUGUGAGUUUAUUUCCUGCUGCAACGCAGCAAACAUUCUGAUAAGUGCCUCGUUCGUUUCAUUUGCAUCAACUACAACCUGCAGCAAUUGAUCCCAAGCAUGCCGUGAAGUUUCUUGAUUCUCUCGGAUCCUUUGCAACUCUAAGCGCAUGCUGUCUACCUCUUCAACGUUCUGGAGCAGCACAUCAGUUGUCAGAAUGUUUGAUAGAGUUGCGUUCUGUAAAGACAUUUCCUGCCGCCGCGACACCUGAACCUGCUCGUUCUAUUUGUUGAGAAAAAAAGUAAAAAUAAAGCUGAAGAAGUAAGACAACGUCUAUCCAAGACUCGAAACGAAACUGGUGCACAAAAAAUCACUUACGCAGAGUUGGAGAACCUGACCCAACUGCAGCCUGUGCUGCUCAAGGGAGAACCAUUGCGGCGUCUGAUUUGUGCUCUGUUGUUCAAUCAUAGGACUAUCUAAGACCUGACUUGUUGGUAUAUCCAAAGGAAGGCCAUUUGCUUGUUGUCCCUGAGGUUGAUUGGCCUGUUCAGAAUGGGUAUUGAGAUUGUCCAUUGCAGACACCAGUGACCAGACUGAAGGGUGUCUCCGGUCCGUUGCAAUGGAGGCCCCUUUUAUAGGGCGGAAUGGAGGUGCACAAUUAAUACCAGCGAAUCCAGAAAGAUUUGUCUUAAAUCUACUCAAUAACUCUACUCAUUUAUUUAGUAGAAGAGUUCAUGAAUGUCAUCUGUCUAUGUACUCUGAUUCUUACCUGUCUAAUUGACUCCCAAAUAUACAUCUCUACCGGAUAUUUUUUUAACACAAGAUCGGUCAAACUUACCGUUGAUAACCUCAUGACGUAGGCUCCAUAAAUUCUUGUCGUAUCUCCUAUGUAUUUAGUGAUAUAUAGACGGCUUACAUCCAAUAAAUAUGCUGCAUAUUUGGUAGAAGAUUCGUUAACCCAAUGCUGGAAGUUUCCAUUUCCUACUCUUUUUUUUCAGGAACGUUUGUGCAACUGUUAGUUUUGUUUCAUGGACUUAUCCACAACUGUUAGUUUUGUUGCAAAUGCGAUUUGGUUUCAGCAAGGCUUAUGAUUGGACCUUCAACUGCUAGGGGUUAGUGUACAGAUGCAGCAGUUAUUGGUACAGAAACCAACAUAUGAAAGCUAGGGCAAUUGCCCUCAAGUCCCUAGCUACCCUUCAGGAAAAGCCAAGCCAAUUUAUCUUCAGUGAAGUUUGCUGGUAUAUCUGUUGCUGCAGCACUAAAGCUGUAAUGGUUCUCUAGUUUCCAAUACUGCCUCCACCUUGAAAUUUCAGAUCCUCAGGCAUUUGUAUGUUUUGCCUUUCACCUUGUACCUGCCCUUGCUCUGUCGAUAGAACAAAACUAUGGUGAUCAUGGUGGAGUCAGCAUGCGGUUUCUAGGCUUUUGAAUGUGCCUGAGGGUCUAUUAGGUUUCUUUUUGGACAGUGCUAAGGAUUGUUAGUUAUCUCACUCAUUAUGUGCUUCAUCCAACAAGCUUCCCUGUAAAUAGUCCAGAUGCUGAAGAUCCUUUAGUUGAUUCUGGUGCAUGCAGCUGGGUUCCUGCUGAGGAGGAACCUGUUAUGUUAUGUUUGCUUUUAUGUGGUUUCAGUUAUGCAAUUAUGUAGAGCAAAAUUUCCUUUCCAUCAAAUUUUAGUUUUUUUUAUCUAGUUUUGGAUUGAAUUAUGGACAAUCCUAGCAUUGUGCCAGAUUGAUGAACUUGCAGUGAAGAAAAAAGAAAGUAUGCUUCACCUGGUU